UUUCCGGAGGCGCCGCGGGCGGUGACGUCAGGGACGUGCCCUCUAUAUGAGGUGCGGGAGCAGCCUCGCCGGUCUCUUCCGCCCGCUCCCCCCUCCCCCCAGCGCCGCUCCGGCUGCUCCGCGCUCGCUCCGAGCUCCCGCUGAGGCCAGCGCCGCCGCCGUCUCCCUCUAGCCGCCAUCAUGAUCAUCUACCGGGACCUCAUCAGCCACGAUGAGCUGUUCUCCGACAUCUACAAGAUCCGGGAGAUCGCGGGCGGGCUGUGCUUGGAGGUGGAGGGCAAGAUGGUCAGUAGGACAGAGGGUAACAUUGAUGACUCGCUCAUUGGUGGGAAUGCCUCCGCUGAAGGCCCCGAGGGCGAAGGUACCGAAAGCACAGUAGUCACUGGUGUGGACAUUGUCAUGAACCAUCACUUGCAGGAGACCAGUUUCACAAAGGAAGCCUACAAAAAGUACAUCAAAGAUUACAUGAAAUCACUUAAAGGCAAACUUGAAGAACAGAAACCUGAAAGAGUAAAGCCUUUUAUGACAGGGGCUGCAGAGCAAAUCAAGCACAUCCUUGCUAAUUUCAAUAACUACCAGUUUUUUAUUGGUGAAAACAUGAAUCCUGAUGGCAUGGUUGCUCUCCUGGACUACCGUGAGGAUGGUGUGACCCCAUUUAUGAUUUUCUUUAAGGAUGGUUUAGAAAUGGAAAAAUGUUAACAAAUUGGGCACUUAUUUUGGAUCUAUCACCUGUUACCAUAACUGACUGCUGCUUGUCAUCCACACAACACCAGGACUAAAGACAAAUGGGACUGAUGUCAUCUGGAACACUUCAUUUCUUUUGACCAUGGUUUAUUUGGAGUGGAGACAAUGUUUUUUAAAGAAAAAAAAACAUGUCAUGUAGGUUGUCUAAAAAUAAAGUGCAUUUGAACUCAA